AUGAGCACUGAAGCUCCUGUUCUCGGUAUCCUCUGCGGUGGUGGUCCAGCCCCAGGCCUCAAUGGUGUCAUCGCUGGCGCUACACUUUACGCCCUUAGACUUGGCUGGAAGGUCAUCGGCUUCAUGGAAGGUUUCAAGUACCUUUGCACAGGCGAUGUUGAUGUCGUCAAGGCCCACACAAUCGACCUCACAUACGAUAUCGUUUCUCGUAUCCACUUCCAGGGUGGCACAAUCAUCCAAACAUCCCGUGCUAACCCACGUAAGUCCCCAGAACUCCAAGAGAACGUCCGCAAGUGCCUCCGCGCUCUCAAGGUUCGUUACUUCCUUACAAUCGGUGGUGAUGAUACAGCUUCAUCCGCUGUUUCCGUCGCUUCCGGCAUGAACGGCAACGAGAUCUCUGUCAUCUCCUGCCCAAAGACAAUCGAUAACGAUCUUCCACUCCCAGCUGACCAGUCCACAUUCGGCUUCCACACAGCUCGCUCCCUUGGUAUGGAAAUCAUCCGCAACCUCAUGGUUGACUCCAAGUCUGCCCCACGUUGGUUCCUUGUCGAAGCUAUGGGCCGCUCUGCUGGUCACCUUGCUCUCGGCAUGGCUGAAGCUUCUGGUGCCCACCUUUGCCUCAUCCCAGAAGAAUUCAAGCAGGACGAAAUCGAAUUCGAAGAUGUUGUUGAACUCGUCGAAGCUACAAUCCUUAAGCGCCUUGCUUACGGAAAGAACUACGGUGUCUGCGUUCUUGCAGAAGGCCUCGUUUCCAAGAUGUCCAAGAAGGCUCUCUACAAGCUCUUCGGCAACCGCGAACCACCAACAGAUCCACACGGCCACAUCCUCCUCGAUGAUGCUGAACUCGCUCGUUCUCUCUCCGAGGAACUCCUCAAGCGCCUUGGCAACCUCGGCAUCAGAAUCACACCAAAGAAGAUCGGUUACGAACUUCGUUGCGCUGAUCCAGUCGCCUUCGAUGCUGUCUACACACGUGAGCUCGGCUACGGUGCUAUCGAUGCCUUCCUCAACGGCCACUCCGCUGCCCUCAUCGUUCGUGAGAACGGCCAGGUCAAGCCAGUCCAGUUCAAGGACCUCCUCGACCCAGCUACAGGCCGUGUCCGCACACGCCUUGUCGAUGUUACAUCACAGUCAUUCAAGGUCGCUCGUGUCUACAUGUGGCGCAUGAGCAAGAAGGACUACGAGAACAAGGAUCUCGUCGCCCGCGUCGCUGCUGCCGGCAAGAUGACACCAGAGGCCUUCACAGAGAAGUUCGCUCACCUUACAGAUGUUGUCGUCGAAUAA